AUGCACAAGCAUACCAGCCAACUACGUGGCCCCAGCGGCCCCGGAAGCGGACACCAUGUUGCUAAUAGAGGUCCUGUCAGAAGAUGGAACAGCUUCCACGGUGGUGGAAGCGUCGGUGGAGGCGCGAGUAAUUUCAACGACACCGUCGGAAAUGGCAAUCUGCCCUCUGGUAUGAUCACCAAGGCUUCCCAGGAGCCGUUCAGGGCUGUACCGAAGGCCGUCCAAGCCCUCAGGAGCGAGUCUGUCGAUAGGAGCCAUCGUGCACAGCCGCCACCGCCUCCGGCAUUCCCACGAAGACGGUUCUCCGUGUGCUUUGGCAAGCGGACAGGUGGCAGCGCCAGGAGACCCAACGAAUGCUUCGUUCUCGAGCCCUCCGAGAUGAUCGUCAUCGACUACCCGGAAGUGCACGGAGGAAGGAUGCAUCGACCACCGCACCCUCAUCCCAUAACCGACCAUCGACAGGUCAACCUGGUCUUCGAUGACACGUUUUCUCAAGGCCUGACAGGCAGGCCAGAGCUGUACCAAAAGUCCAAUAGAAGCAGCCACUCGAGUGACACAAGUUCAGCAUACAGUGGUUCAGACACCAUGACAUCUGUACAAGGUUCAUUGGAUGCAGAUGCAGAUGAUGUUGAUCUUUCAGGGCUUGUUGAAUCCAUAGUAGAUAGCGAUGAAGAGGAAGAUCUUGCAGAGAGUAUGGAUAGCUUGACUGUCCGUGAUCCAGUCAGAGAAUGUUUAGAGAAAGAUCCCCUGGAAAGAACAGAAGAUGAUAUAGAAACACUUUUAGAAUUUACACAACAAUUAAAGGCCUUUACAAAUAUGACUUUGGCAGUAAGGAGAGCGCUGUGCGCUGUAAUGGUGUUUGCUGUGGUUGAACGUGCUGGUAUGAUAGUUUUAAAUGAUGGAGAAGAAUUGGAUAGUUGGAGUGUGCUUAUCAAUGGUGCUGUGGAAAUUGAGCAUAGCAAUGGAGACAUUGAACAACUGCACCUUGGUGACAGUUUUGGAAUCUUGCCCACUAUGGAAAGACUUUUACAUAGAGGUGUCAUGAGGACAAAAUGCGAUGACUGCCAAUUCGUAUGUGUCACGCAAGCAGAUUACUUUAGAAUUCAACAUCAAGGGGAAGAAAAUACAAGGCGGCACGAAGAAAAUGGAAGAGUAAUUCUAGUAACGGAAUUAAGGGGUGCUUUAGACGGUGGAGCACGCAGAGGUCACGUAGUUAUUCGCGGAACUCCCGAACGUUUAAUGUUACAACUAAUCGAAGAAAACAGUAUUACCGAUCCCACAUAUAUAGAAGAUUUCUUAUUAACCCAUCGAACUUUUAUUGAUAGUCCUUUAUUAGUUGCGAAUCAAUUGUUAGAAUGGUUUGAUCAAGCACAAGUCAGAGACAGAGUUGCUCGUGUAGUGCUUCUUUGGGUAAAUAAUCAUUUUACGGAUUUUGAAACGGAUCCAGCGAUGAUGGAAUUUUUAGAAGCAUUCGAAACUGGGUUGGAAAGAGAGAAAAUGCAAGGGCAACAAAGACUAUUAAAUAUUGCGUGUGCGGCAAAAGCGAGAACGCGGAAUGUAACAUUGGCGAGGCCCACUAGAGACGAGGUUCUGCAUUUUAGUAUUUUAGGGGGAUACGAAAGAGGUUUCGGCAUUUUUAUUUCGAAAGUUGAUAAAAAGUCAAAGGCUGAAGAUGUUGGAUUGAAACGGGGUGAUCAGAUUUUAGAAGUGAACGGACAGAGUUUCGAGCAUGUGAAUCAUGCCAGGGCUCUUGAAAUUUUAAGAGGAUCUACCCAUCUCAGUAUAACUGUUAAAUCGAAUUUACUUGCGUUUAAAGAAAUGCUUCAGAUGCCAGACGAUUCGCCGAGGCCGCGGGGAAGAGCAAACAAACCCGAGAUUUCAAGAUUACAAACAGAUCCACGUGCAAGGUUGUCCACACAUGUGGACCCGAUAACUCCAGUAAACCCAUUGAAUCCUUUGGUAGACGGUGUUCCACUUUUAAUUCCCGAUUCCAAUGUUUCUCCGUGUAAAGAUGCUAAAAAGGAGCACAAAGGAUUCAUGACGCUUGGACCGAAAAGGAGAUUUCAAAAAGCUCUCAUGAAAAUGAAUAUACUGCCAAAGAAUACUAUUAAUGAUGGUGUACAUGUAGAUGAUCCACUCGCACCUCCUCAUACACCACCGGGAACAGGAGGACUUUCACAGACCACUACUAAUCUUUAUCAUUCUAAAAGUAAUCCUGAUCUUACGUCGUUGUACUGUUACGAAGACUUAAGGGCGCCUGACUAUCCGGAACACGUUUUGAAAGUUUACAAAGCUGAUCAAACUUGUAAAUAUCUUCUUAUUCACAAAGAAACAACGGCACACGAGGUGGUAAUGCUUGCUCUUCAAGAGUUUGGCAUAACCGAGAGCAGUUCAAACUUCUCUUUAGCUGAAGUUAGCGUUGGAGAAGGGGGUAUGAUUAAACAACGCAGGUUACCCGAUCAAUUGCAAAAUCUCGCGGAACGAAUUGGCUUGAGUUCUCGAUAUUAUUUAAAAACGAACGGUAUCUCGGAGACGCUCGUUGCAGACGAUCAAGCGCCAGAGCUCAUUCGCGAAUCUCAGGUUCACUUCUUACAAUUAAACGCGGUUGAAGUUGCAAUUCAGCUGACUCUUCAAGAUUUCAGUAUAUUCAGGCAAAUUGAAUCUACGGAAUACGUGGAUGAUUUAUUCGACUUAAAGAGUAGAUAUGGAGUGCCUAUGUUAAGGCAGUUCGCGGAACUAGUCAACAGAGAAAUGUUUUGGGUUGUGACAGAAGUUUGUUCUGAACAUAACCUCGUUCGACGUAGUAAAAUAAUAAAACAAUUUAUAAAAAUAGCUCGACAAUGUAAGGAGUGCAAAAAUUUCAAUUCAAUGUUUGCAAUUGUAUCUGGUUUGGGUCACGGAGCUGUAUCGAGAUUAAGAGCUUCUUGGGAAAAACUGCCAAGUAAAUAUCAGAGGCUCUUCAGCGAUUUACAAGAAUUAAUGGACCCUAGUCGUAACAUGAGCAAAUAUCGACAACUGGUAGCAUCUGAACAAACACAGCCUCCUAUAAUUCCAUUUUAUCCCGUAGUGAAGAAAGAUUUGACAUUUAUACAUCUUGGCAACGACUCGAGAGUGGAAGGUUUGGUGAACUUUGAAAAGUUAAGAAUGAUCGCGAAAGAAGUGAGAACGUUAACGAACAUGUGUUCUUCGCCUUACGAUUUAUCGAUAAUGUUAGAAAGAGGUGGUCAGCCACCUAGUUCCGCCAUGGUCGCGUUAAAUCAAAUGACAACCGGCAAUCAAGUGUUGCAAUGUCCAGGAGGGCAAACGGCAACAGUGAAGAGGCGAAAGAAGUCUACCGCUGCGCCGAAUCCGAAGAAAAUGUUCGAGGAAGCACAGAUGGUACGAAGAGUGAAAGCAUACCUUGCCAACAUGAAAGUGAUCGGAGCUGUCGCGAUGGCUGCAGCGGUACCUCUUAGCGCGAGUAGAGGAAGGAGGCAUCCUUCUCCGACUCUGUCGACUACGAGUAGUGCUAGCAGCACCAGUGAAGGUAGAAAGAGUAUACAAGGUACAAAGUUCGGAGCAGCAUCGCCACAGGCUGUACGAAAAAUAUUGGCGCUCUCUGAUCCCCAUAAAACUCGUCCGCACCAAUCUAAACACUGUCCACCACCGCUUCCAGUGCCGGGAUUGGCAUUGCAUUCCAGCGGACUGGAACCUAGUCCCGGUGCACCUAGGAGAGUAGGAUCUGGUAGCAGAGUUCCUAUGCAUGAGAGAUCCCAUAGCGAUACUCCUUCCAGUUUACCACCACCUGUCGAUCUCAGCGCUGAAAGUAGUAGCGUAACCAGCCUGAGUAAUCUUCAGCCGUUAAGAAAAACGUUGACCAGUGGUUCGGUGACGAGCAGUGACAGUGGUCACAGUACACAGCUGGACAGCCACAGUGGAAGCAGCGUAGAAGCUGGUGGUAGUCCACCGCCACCUCAAAGACGGCACUCCGCCAUGCAAGGGUCUGUUUUGAGAGGUGGUGCACCUCCGUUCCCUCACGCGGUAGCAGUGUUACCUCCGCUUCCUGCCAACCACAACCAGAAUCACAACCACAAUCAUCAUCACCACCACCACCACCACCAUCACCAACAUUAUUACGAUCAUCACCAUCACCAACCCCAAAAUCCUCAAGGUACUACGGGAUUAGGAGUAGGCGUCGGCCUCGGGGUGCAAGCGGCUCUUCCUCCACCAGGUGCCGGAACGACGAUUAUGACCACGAUGACCACGAUGACUACCAUGACGUCGAUGACGACGCGUCCUGGAAUCGGUGGCACACAGUGCCGUCAGCCGCCUGCGUACAAAGUGGCAGCACAGAUGGCAAGGUUGCACAGGCUUGGCCGUGCUCACAGCCACGAGGGUGUUACCUACAGGAACGACCAUGAAGAUGACGACGAAGACGCCCAAGUGUCGGCGGUUUAAAACGGUCCACGACGCGUACGAGGAGUUCCUGGCCCAUUCUUAUGCUUCAUUUCCACGGCAGAUUGUCAUUUCGCGCGACCAAGAGGAAGGAACUACGCUUCGUCGUCGUACUAACGUGCCACGUGUUGGACGAUUCUCGUAGGAAAGGAACGAGGGAGAAAGAACUCGCGCGAAACUGUGCACACCUUUUUGUUGAAAAAGAGAGUCACUCGUGUGACACACUCGAGGCACACACACACACACACAGUGUUCUAUCGAGAGAAAAAAGAAAAAACGAAAAAAAAAGAAGAGGAACAGCGACGAACGAAGGUGAAAAAGUUCAUCGACACACGCAUAUAGUGGUUUCGAUGCGAGAAUUUCGAGAGCUUCGAUUUGUCACAUCGUCGUUUCGAGGAGCUCCUUUUGAAGAAGAACGCGCUUCGGGGAAGAGAAACUGUGAGAAGCGCUCGUCUUCCAGAUAUCAUAAAAACUAUGAAAAAGGAAAAAAACAAAGGAGAGGAACAGAGGAGAAGACGUUUAGAGAAUCUCAAGAGCUACGCCCGUCAGGAUACUACGAAAGCACCAGUUAAAAAAAGAAUAAUACCGAGGAACAUACACACGAUGAUUUAUAAGAGAAGGAGGAUAUUUGAUGUGAAGCAAGCGUGAGAGAGAGAGAGAGAGAGAGAGAGGAGGAGGAAAAUGCAGAACGAAGAACGAACAUAAAGUAAAAUACAUUUGUAUCAGACUGAUUAUGGAGGCGAAGAUGGUCCGAUACAGAGGUGCCACGUCAAGUUUCACGUAGCGGCUACUCAGAGAGAGAAAGAGAGACUAGGCGCGAGAAAUUACGGUCAUAAGUAAUAAUUCUCUAUAAAUGUGUAAUAAAAUCGAGUCCAAAGAUGUUAUAUAUACCGCGUAAUCGUCGCAGGGAGUACGAAUGACGGCGUGUCCUGUAUUAUAUUACUUUUUAGGCUAACCCCCGAACGCCCCAGAGUAGCUUAAGUAUACGUUUUUUGGUGUACAUAGCGUGUAGCGUUUAAUGUAGCCUGUAACGGAGAGCAAGAAUGAUACGUAUGAAUGCCUGGUGUAUGUGUAAUAAUGUACGUGUGUAUGUGAGAGAUAACGAGAGAUAGAGAAUUCAGUGUGGAAAGCGAACGAACCGGAUACACAUGCAGAUCCAACGUCUCGAUUAUUCUCUCCUUCUUUUAUUUUUCUUCUGAAUUUUCUUAUAACACA